GCUCACACAACAGACUUUGACUAGCAUUGUCUUUGACCGCAGAAACUCGGUGUUGUUUUUUGACAUAAACUGAGAACGAAACAGUUCAUGUUUCCACUCAUCCAGUGAUGAUUUCCGUCCAUUCGGAUCAAGAAGGUUUGACCUAAAGGUGGAUAGAUCUAACUAACCAAAUUAACAGCUGAUUCUCACACGGACUUCCAAACUUGUUGUGUGAUGGAAUCGCCAACGAGUGAGAACGUGCCCGCCGAGCAGACGAAGGACAAGCGGGGCGACGAUAUCGACGGGUUUGUGGCCGUUGAAAAACAGCGUAGAAUCUUCAAGAUCAUUGUGAUCGGGGACUCCAAUGUGGGCAAAACAUGCCUGACGUAUCGCUUUUGUGGAGGGAAAUUCCCGGAAAAGACUGAAGCAACGAUAGGGGUGGAUUUUAGAGAGAAAAAUGUUACUGUGGAUGGUGAAACAAUCAAGCUCCAACUGUGGGACACGGCUGGCCAGGAGCGUUUCCGCAAGAGCAUGGUGCAACACUACUACCGCAACGUCCACGCGGUGGUCUUCGUCUACGACAUCACCAAGAUGUCCACCUUUGAAGGUUUACCCAACUGGAUCGACGAGUGCGACCGACAUUCCCUGUCGCCAGACAUUCCCCGUAUAAUGAUCGGGAACAAGUGCGACAUCGAGGACAAGAAAGUGGUCGCAACGAGCAUCGCGCAGAAAUUUGCGGACGCCAACUGCAUGCCGCUUUACGAGACAUCGGCCAAGAUGGACGAGGACGCCGAUAAAGUGGAGAAGAUCUUCACGGAUCUGUCCACGCAGUUGAAGAACUAUAGACCGAUCAUCCCUCUGCCGUCCCACUACGGGAGCAAGGAUAAAGGAAGUAGCAGGGAAACGGUCAGGCUACCAUCAACUGUCAGCCCGAAGAAAGAUAGCUGUUGUCCAUGCUCCAGUUGAGGUUCAAAUUAGCCGUCAACUCUAAUUAUAUGUAUUUCUAGAUUUCAAGAUUAAAUAUACGGCUCUAAAAAUUGCCUGUACAUAAAGUUGCUCAAAUCUUAUCUUAUCAUAGUCUAUGAAGCUUGAUACAUCUCUUCCCCCUCCCCCUCCCCAUCCCCCAACCUAAUGUUUAGUGUUUCAAUGCAGGAGAAGGAUUAAAAAAUAUUUUUUAUUGCUAGGUUAAUAUUAUUCUAUCGGCCUACAUCAUAAAAGCCACAAAUUCUUUUCACAACAACUUGAAAACUCUGAUUCUCCUUGGUGCAGGUUAUUGACUUCAAAAUAUAGUCUUUGUAUUUUUGUUUAUCAAUAAUGAAGAUUGUACAUGCCACACCCUGUCCUUCACAGCCUUUUAUUUUACAUGUAAAUGGCAAGGCAGUAGAAAGCGGAUCUUAAGCAUUGACGUCAUCCCGCCGCCAUCUUAGAUGAAAAUGAUGUUUGAACAAAUGCUAAGCCUACACCUUUGGACCUCUGCUUUAGGGUGCCAUAUUACGGUGACGUCAUUUAAGGUCUAUCAAAAAUUGACAAGGGAAAGCUCCCCUGGCUGGGUUGUUCAUUAUGAAGGGCUUGGAUAAUUGGUAAAUAAAACAAUUUAUCGUCGCAGAGUGCCACUUAUGGUAAAUUCAAGCUGAAGUUACCAUACAUUCUGAGGAUAGACAAAAAUAAAUUCACCAGACAGUGAUGUACAUACGAACAGACAGUGUUACAUUAUGUACAAUUUAUAUUGUCAUUUUAAAUUGUCGAUGUUAAAGUUUAGGUUGCCUUGCUUCUCACAGACAAUGGAAUUGAAACUGAUGAUGGAAAAAUAACAAUCACGUUUUUAUUGCUCACAUCAGUCAAGAAGCAACUCUUUGUCAGGAAGGACUGGAAAUAUAUGCCUACACUUAUAAAUUCAAAAGACAAAUUUUCCCUGUUGUCAAUACUGUGUAAUGUAUGUGUAAUGGCGUCUACCUGUCCGUGUACCCGACAUGUAUCCUUCAUUUUGUUGAUGCACAGGCCUGGAGUUUCAUCUUUUGAAAGGGCAAGGCCAUUUUCAUUUUCAAAAUCUUAAGUUUGUGCAAAACUUUUAAAGGGGCACCAAGGCCAAGAUCAGGGGCAACAGAGACCAUGACCUCAUCGUAAUUCCAGGCCUUCCUGCCUCUGCACCCAUUCCAUAUAUUCUAGUGAUGUUACAUUGGUGGCUUGAAUUUCAAAGAAAAAUAUCCAUGGGGAGCAAGUUCAAGUGCUAUUUUUCAAGUCAACUUUGCAAUUUAAAUUGCAGGAGUGAUGUCUGUUUCAUGCAAACAUAUCUUUAGUCGAUUGGCUCCUCAACUCAAGCCAAGUUUUUUCAGGAAAAGUUUACCUAAAUUGUAUCUAACUACCAACAAAGAUGAACUUUCACGCUAAAAUUUUAAGCAUCAUUAGUGCAGAGUGCUAUUUCUGUGUCGUUAUCAAAUUUGAUCUCAUAAAAUUGAUCUAUACAUAUUCAAUUUUAUAUAAUACUGCACACUGUGUGUAUUCAUGUUGGGGUUUUUCGGGGAUCAAUUAAAUUCUAAAUUUUUGUGCCAUACUCAAAUGUGUGUGCCACCUUGUGAUUCAAAACAGAUUUGUGAUUUGCUUAUGUUACUGCAUCUUGAAACCAAAGAUUCAAUUUUGUUUACUCGUGGCAUGUGAAUGAAACAGCAGUUUAUUUAGCAUACAUAGCAUUGCAUACUACUACUGUUUGACUCUAAUGUCAAACUGGUCAAUUGAAUCUAAAAGUAGAGUCCUAAUUUCUCCAGAGACUAAAAAACAAGCUCUGUGAUCUAAUCAGCGAUUGAGACAACUGUCAAGUCUCUCUGCACUGCACUGCACUGCACUGCAGUGUACAGUACAUACAUAGGGCUAGAAAUUAACACUGGACCACAUGCCGGAGGCCUGUAAUUUUAAUGUCAGACCAGUAAACUCACAAUGGGACAAGCACGAUGGUCUUGUGUUUUUCAUUUGAAAUAAAUGUUGACUGUGAAUGUGAUAAUCAUCUUUCAAUUCUGUUCAAAGAGUUUUGAAGUACACUAACACAGAAACACAAAUGAAAUAGAUUCUUCUCUCUGAGUGCUUGUUUAACUCAUUUUGAUUCUGGUCUUGUCAAAUAAAUUCUGGUACCGCACAAAUUUUGAGCUACAUGCACAAGCCCUAAAGUCUUUUGGACUUUUCCCCCAAAUUCAAGAGCCCUCAUGUAUACCAGCCCACAUGUACACCAACCGCAAUGGUGAUUGGCUGUCUUUUUGACAUCCUGUUUUGAAAUUGAACACCUUCUUAACAAUAUUUUGUUAAUGAGAUAUUGCCCAGCUCACAAAGACAGCCACUUUAAGAUGAGUGAGUUACUUAACUGAUUGUGGUUAUCAACCCAAACCAACUUAAACCAGGGAUGCGUUGCCACCUCCUCCUUGGGCUGAAACAGGGUUCCCCUUCACAGUUCGUAAGGAUGAAGGCAAGGGUAUCCACUAGAAGCUUAGGGUGCGUCUUGGCGGUCGUAACCAAUAACUGUUUCAAUCACCAGUGGCCAGUGGUUAACUGAUGGCAAGUUUAACCAAAACAGUUAUUGGUUACGACUGCCAAAAAGCACCCCUGGUUUGCAGAGCAGUAAUGCACUACCUUCCCAAACUCACAUGCCUGUACUGUACUUGUACUAUAAUACAUCAAUCUAAUCGUAGGCAGGUUGUACGAUCUAAUCAGAGAAACUCAUAAGACUGAUUACUAUGUCAGAAUGUGCUCUGCCGGCUCUGCGCUAAUUAGUAAUUACAACAUGAACUGUAUGUGCACAUACAUCUAAUACCAGCUUGGUAAUCAGAAGGACGUCUGAUCGUCUUACAGACACUAUAUUUAAUUUCAUCCUACUUUACUGAGCAAAUCGGGACAUUGAUUUGCUCGUAAAUUUUAUUUACAGCAAAUGUAGACACACUAUUUCUACAUUCGGAUUUAAAAUCCAAGAUGCUAGGCAAGUCAGACAGGAGGACGUAGAGGUUUAGAAACAAUCGGGCCCCAUUUUCAAAGAGCUGCUUGAGAACAAAAACUAGUAUAUAGCACAAACAAUUUAUGCUUAUACAUGUACCAGAAAAAAGGUAACCUGCUAAAAAUACAAUUUUACCUAUACCAAAGGUAAAUUUUUGCUUGGCAGAAAAAAGGGUAUUCAGAAACAUUUUCUGGUUGUCCCUCAAACUGCAGACAAGACUGUGAAUCAGCCCUGCCCAAUUUUGGCUUGCCACUAUAGGCAAAACAAGGGUGGGGAAACAAGGGCGGGUUUUCCCGUUAUUUUCUCCCGACUCCGAUGACCGAUUGAGCCUAAAUUUUCACAGGUUUGUUAUUUUACAUAU